UGCCCUGUGAGGCCGUCCGAGAUGGCUGCUUCCAGUGGGGCAAGUACUACUGGAGGUAGCCGAAGGAAGGUGGCAGGGAGAGCCGGGCGGAAUAAAGGUCUCAGCCACUGGAGCUGCGAGUCUGGGCGUGACGACCGUCCCAAAAGGCGGAGCCCAGGUUGGCUAGCGGCGCGGAUGGGAGGGGGCCGCGAGAGUUUGGUCAGCCAGCUUAUCUAUCAAAAGUGCUGCAAGGGUGAAUGUUUAUUGAGAAGAAUGAAUCAUCCUGGCUUGUGACUAGAAUCCUUAUGUAUCUGUGUAACCUUAACAAGGCUACAGUUGCAGCUGCUUAAUUGAGAAGUCUGGGUUUGCAAUAAAAGCAUCUAACACCAAGUUUUCAUCCUUUUCUUCUGUAAGCUGUCACCAUGACCUUAACAAAAGGGUCCUUCACCUACUCCAGUGGGGAGGAAUAUCGUGGCGAGUGGAAGGAGGGCCGCAGACACGGUUUUGGUCAACUGAUGUUUGCAGAUGGUGGCACCUACCUGGGUCAUUUUGAGAAUGGACUUUUUAAUGGCUUUGGGGUACUAACCUUCUCAGAUGGCUCAAGGUAUGAAGGGGAGUUUGCCCAGGGCAAAUUUAAUGGCGUUGGAGUCUUCAUUCGACAUGACAACAUGACCUUUGAGGGUGAAUUUAAAAAUGGCAGAGUAGAUGGUUUUGGCCUGCUCACUUUCCCGGACGGUUCUCAUGGGAUACCCCGUAACGAAGGCCUCUUUGAGAACAACAAGCUACUGCGGCGUGAGAAGUGCUCUGCAGUGGUCCAGCGGGCCCAAAGUGCUUCCAAGUCAGCCAGAGAUCUGACGGCCUGAUAGGGCCCUGGGAUCAUUGGGAACAGUGUCCUGUAAAUCUAGCACUCCUAGUGUUCACUGGAAGGGAACAAAUGAACCAGACCUGAGGUGAAAUGAGAAGACAAUCACAUUGGAGCAGAGCCUAAGAUGUGCUCCUUCACCUGCCAGUCAAGAAUUCCAUCACAGAAAGGUGCUGAGGAGUUUGACCCAAAGACCAUGCAGCAGUUGGUAACAGCUCUGUCGUUCCUAGACCCCAACAUGUGGAGGACGGAGGAGCCACCUUUUCUGAUUUGUUUUUCCUUGUUCCUAAAAAUUCAGCUUCUUCAGUAUAGACCUGCUUCAGCCUUCACUCUGUUUGCUGCCACGUAAUUCAGAAUCUCUUCAUUUUGCCUCCAUUUGGGGCAGCUGAUCCUCACUGCAACUUAGAGCUAAUGCCCUGUGCUCUCCUGGAGAAGUAAAAAGAUGGGGUGGCUUAGACAGUGCAGGAGUCCUGUGAGAGACAAGGCUUUCUUUACACUACCCGCUUGUUCACCAGUGGAUCCUGGCUCCAGGCUCCCACUUCAUGUGCUCAGACUGCUCUUCACCUCUGUGGGCCCGUACAGGACUGGGUAAUAGUGCUAUUUUCUUCCCCCUUGACUUCACAAGCCAUUGCCCCUAACCUGAGUUAUGGCAGAGAAUCCAAUCUUCCUGUCAUGUUUGUGCCUCUCUUCUUUCUUAAACAUCAGACAGGAUCCCUCUAUGGGAUAGUCAAGGGGGAAGGGGCCCAUAUCCAAACCACUUCACCUCCUGUAGACACCUGAAUCCCACAGAAGGCUAUACCAAUAGUCGUUUCCCAGAGGCUCCGUAGAUGAGACUUACCCAACCCCUUGGUUGUAGGUGCACAUGGACUCAUCCUACAGCUAUGUGAACUAAAAGUAUUGGCUCCUCACAAUUGGGCACGGUGACUCUUUCACUACAGUCGCGGCCCUCGGGGCUGGGUCAGAUCCCGGCAGGCAGAAUCCCAGCACAGUUCAUCAUGAGGUGUCUGGAACUCGAACACGCCCCUCAGCACACAUCCUCACACCAAAUCUCCCUCAGCAGCAGACCGUGUGGAAAUUAUAGCCAUGUGCCUCUAUCUAGUCUUUGAUGUGUACUGUAGAAACAGUUAUAAGAAUAAACAAGUCACUAUAGCUGCC